CUAAACUACGAAAAAGUCCCGAGAUAUCUUGUUCAUUUCGAGCACAGGAAGAAGAAAAACACUGCGUCGUCAUAUAUCGAGAGAUAAGAUCCCUAAGGAUACCAGCAGCAGAAUAAGCUACUCUACUUCUUUCUCCAUAAAACCGGGGCUUCGUGUCGUAUAUCCUCAUAUCAAUAUAUCCUCAUAUCAAUUACACACCAUGCCAACAGUUCGCCUUCAUCCGCCAUCUGAACGAGGCGCGAAGUCAGAGAAGCCCAACAACCCGCUCCCACAACUCCUCCAAACACCUUCUGGACUCGCAAUACUAGAGAUGCAGGGCACAAUAAACCUACCAGACCCAUGUGCGGCCAAUGACUCAGAUACCCUCAACAUGGAUCUUGAGUCCAGCGGACUCGCCGAUUCGCCAAAGCAGUAUAGGACACCCAUUGGCCGCCUGAUAUUCCCGGACUACAAUGACGCCGCAGACAAUGAUCCAAAUGAUAGCUCCUGGAUGAAGCGUGUCUAUCUAUACGUCGGCCGGCACCAGCGGCUUACAGGGGAGGUCAAGAAACUUCCGAGGCCCUUGGCGGCUAUCCAACGGGUUGAGGAGACGAGUCAGGAGAGCACGGCAGGCGGCAUGAAGGGGAGGAGGACGAAGGCAAGAUUGCGGGCGGAGGGGAUAUUGGAUGCUGAGUGUUCAGAUGAUGAGGAAUGUGAUAGCUGUGAUGAAUUGGAGAUUGUCGAUGUGAUCAGGCACAAGAUCAUAUUCUCGUCAAGGCCGGAGCCGGUUUCUUCAGAUGAGUAGGCUACGGUAGCGGACGGGUUUGUUCAGGGUAGAUGAUGGUGAUGAUUAUGAUUACGAUGCUCAGGUUACAUUCAUAGCGGUCCCCAGGCGGCAAUCUUUAUGUGCAGUGUUACUUAUAUGCAUGACGAUUCGUUUUUUUUUUUAAGUGUGCUACAACCUGUAUGUAUAUACAAAUAUAGUUCUUUUCUCCGAAUCCCUCAAUUCAACCUGUUUCCUUUCCAAUAA